CAUUUGUGGGGAAUGAAUGGUGCUGACCUUUUAUGACGUGGGCAGGUCAGAGGUCACAAUGGAAUCGCCUCUGUUUGUGUGGGUGGAACUGGAUAGGGAAGGAUGCGUCACAACUUCUUCGAUAGAAGAGUGAAUUGUAUUUACCAUUGGUUCAUUAAUACAGCGUGCAUGGACUUGAUUUAGGCUUAUCAUUGCUUCAGGAACCCAGAGUGGAUAAUGUAACCCAGACUAAAUAAUGAAUGUGCCUGUGUUGCUGUAAUUGGUAGUGGACAGUGGGUAUGCCAUUGGUCCUGUGAUCCAGAAUGGAUAUUGGAUAUGCCUCACGUCCAGCAGUCAAGAGUGGAUCGUGGAAAUGUGAAUUUUUCUAACACCCCGGUGGAUAGUGGAUAAGCUUCAGGUUUCGAGAUAUGCUUGUCUUGGGGUCUUCUUUUGGGGUAGUAACCUCCAGAUCAGUUGUUCCUAGUGUGGAAUGGAUACGUCUCGUCCUUUGACCAAGGCUAUAUUGCAGCCUAAACGUGUUCAGUUUUUGGUUUUAAAAACACUUUAACGGCACUUGCAACACAAAUAAGUCAUUUAAGAGCCGGCCAAGCCUUGAUGGUUAAGCGCUCUGAUGUCGCACGCAGAAGACCUGACUUCAAUUCCUGUGAAGGAAGUUGCUUUUUUUAACAUCGAGUAUCGCCAUCUUUCUGAUGGGACAUCGUCUCCCUCUCAGCCCGGGUUGGCCUUGACAAGCAAGAUCGAAACAGUCCGCCUCCUAAGUGACCUAAAUCUAGUCGAUGGAGCUGUGAAAUACUCACAAUAACCUUUACAAAUUUUCAUGAUGUAGCAAUAUUGAUACCCCUGUGGCGUGCAGUGACUGUUAACGUGUGUGUAUCUAUAUAUUGGUUUAGGAGUAGGAAAACGUCAUGGCUAUAUAAAGCCAUCUAUGCUUGUUCUCUCCUUGAAAACUUCCAUCGAAGAAUCGACUCCCAACAACUGUGGAGUAAUCCUGUGUGUGUGUGUGUGUGUGUGUGACGUGGUGGUGGCUCCGUUGCCAUGGCACCGCGUCCAUUGCUAUGCGCGUGUUUCCGGUGGUGCCGAGAGUGCGGUGGUAGGGGUCGGAGGCGGAAGUCCAGGAGGUUGAUUCCUUCAAGUAGACGAAAGGGAGGUGGGGGAGGAGGUGCUGGAGGAGGAGGAGGUGGUGUUGGAGGAGGUUGUACCUCCCGGGAGGAGGAGGAUGAUGAUGAUUACAGCGAUGAGGAGGAGGGUCAGGAGGAGGAGGAGGAGGACACGGAUAGUGUGGUGGCCAGGUACAGCGCCUUUGACUCUCCGCUGUUCCGCCGGCCAGGGAUAGAUCUGGACGCGUUAGAUUCGUCCCUGGAGCGUGUGGAUGGCGGAGAGAGGAGGGGCAGCCUACCGCUGGUCUCCACCUUCACUGACAGCAUGGACUCUGUCUCCACCACCUCACGGCUCGCGAAUUUCUUCAGCAAGAAAGGCUUCAAGACGAACCUAAAGCGCACCAAAAGUGCAACAAAACUGGACCGAAAGCGGUCCAGCCCUAACCUGGCAGAGAACAAUGACAC